AUGUCCACGCAUCCAACAAUCACAUCAGUGUCCUUUGAACAACAUGCCACAGGACUAGGCAUCGGGAUCCCCAGCCCCCGCAUCUCGUGGAAGUUUGGAGCCUCCAAAACUACAAUUCCUAACUGGGAACAGAAAGCAUACGAAAUCGACAUCAAGCGCCACAAUUCAAGUCCCGAGUCUUAUCGCGUCGAAGCAUCACACUCUGUACUCGUGCCCUGGCCCAGCCAACCUCUCCUGUCUCGCGAAUCAGUCCAGGUUCGGGUACGAUCGCAUGGUGGUCCUAGCAACGAGCCAACAGAAUGGUCGAACUGGACAACGGUUGAGUGUGGUCUGCUAGCGCCUCAAGAUUGGAUUGCACACGCAAUUACCAGUCCUACUAAGCAGCCCGAGGGGCCUUUAAGGCCACUCCGAUUCCGGAAGACAUUUAAGCUCUCGUCAUCCGUGUUGCAAGACGCCCGUCUUUAUAUAACCGUUCUGGGUGUGUUUCAGGCUUAUAUAAACGGUGUCUCAGUUGGGGAUCAUUUCAUGGCACCGGGAUGGACUAGUUACCAUCAUCGGCUUAACUACGAGUGUUUCGACGUAGCACCAUUGCUGCAAGUCAAUGAAGAGAAUGUCAUUGCAGUCGAACUUGCCGAAGGAUGGUAUGCCACUCGCUUGGGAUUUCUUGGUGGCCAACGCUUUAUCUACGGCGACGAAAUGGCUUUAAUUGCCCAACUGGAGAUCAAUUAUGAACAGGAAAAGAUGUCCAUCAUCUCCGAUGCGUCGUGGAAAUGUCACGCAUCGGCCCUCAUCACCAGCGAGAUUUACGAUGGAGAAAUGUAUGAUGCUCGUGAAGAACAAGAAGGAUGGAAUGACUUGCCGUUCAACCACGAGACUUCCUGGGAUCAUGUGCGCGAGACCGACUUCCCAAAGACAGAACUUGUCGCGCCCAAUGCGCCCCCGGUAAGGGUUACAGAAACUCUGAAGCCCGUAGAGAUUAUCAAAACACCAUCUGGAAAGACAAUCGUCGAUUUCGGUCAGAACCUUGUUGGUCGAGUACGAAUUCCUUCUCUCGUUCCAACUGACCAAGCCGUAACACUUGUCCACGCCGAGGUUCUUGAGAACCAAGAACUGGGUAUACGUCCGCUUCGCAUUGCCAAGUGUAAGGAUACCAUCAUCUCUGCUGGUCGCGAAAUCCACGACUGGGCACCCCGAUUCACCUUCCACGGUUUUCGAUACGUCCAAAUCGAUGGCUGGACCCCUACUCUUGACAACCUCGUUGCCGAGGUCAUGCACACCGAUCUUCACCGGACUGGAUGGUUUAAUUGCUCACAUGAUAUGAUCAAUAAACUUCAUGAAAACGCCACCUGGUCGAUGCGCGGAAAUUUUCUGAGCCUCCCCACUGACUGCCCGCAACGAGAUGAGCGCCUUGGCUGGACAGGUGACAUUCAAGUCUUUGCACCUUCUGCCAGCUUCCUAUAUAACACGGGCGGUAUGCUCGGCGACUGGCUCAAAGAUCUUUCAGCAGAACAAUUGGCUCACGACCACGGCAUUCCGCCUUUCGUCAUCCCGAAUGUCAUCCCCGAAGCCUUGUGGCCGACAUUCCCACAAGCCAUCUGGGACGACGUCACUGUCCUCCUUCCAUGGACUCUCUACAAAAGCUAUGGAGAUACCGAAAUUCUCCGCCGUCAAUACCCUAGCAUGAAGGCAUGGCUCGACAAAGGUGUCCUUCGCGGCCCGGAUAGUCUGUGGGAAGAAACCCUGUUCCAGCUCGGAGAUUGGCUCGAUCCCACCGCACCGCCCGAAAACCCAGGUAACUCACGCACAGACGGGACGCUCGUCGCAGACGCAUAUCUUGUUCAUGUGACACGCACUCUUGCAUAUAUUAGUGAGACCAUCGAUGAAAAGUCCGACGCAGCACGCUACGAGGCAGACUACCAUACACUUAAAUCCCGUUUCCAGGAUAAAUACGUCUCUCCCAAUGGUCUACUAGUCGGUGAUACCCAGACAGCCCUCGCACUCGUUAUUGUAUUCGACCUUCUUGAUGAUCCUACUCAGAUCACUACUGCAGGAUCCCGUCUCGCCCGAUCAGUGCGGAAAUCCAGCUUCCAAGUCUCGACUGGUUUUGCUGGUACUCCUAUCAUCACUCAUGCGCUCACGAAGGCCGGAUAUCCGCAGCUGGCGUAUAGGAUGCUCCAAGAAAAGUCUUGCCCAUCUUGGAUGUAUCCUAUUACGAUGGGUGCCACAACAAUCUGGGAGCGUUGGGAUAGUAUGCGUGCUGAUGGGAGUAUCAAUCCUGGAGAAAUGACGAGCUUCAAUCACUAUGCACUUGGGUCUAUUGUUAAUUGGUUACAUAGCACUUUGGCAGGUAUUAGUCCACUGGAGCCCGGUUGGAAAGAGGUCCUUGUUAAGCCUAUUCCGGGGGGUACAGUCGCCUCUGCCGAAGCUGCUUAUGAAACUGCUUAUGGCCGGUUGGAGUGCAGGUGGGUGAUUGUGGAUCAGUGUUUUAAGUUGGAGGUUAUCGUGCCGCCGAAUUCGAAAGCGAGAAUCGUGCUCCCUGGUGAGCCGAAAGAGGAGAUUUCGGUUGGAUCUGGACAAUACUCCUUUUCGACGCCGUUUGAUACCCGAGUUGGAUGGCCGCCAAAGGCGCUGGUUCCUCCCAUGUUUCAUCCGGAGGACUCCUUUGUCUAA